AUGGCCAAGAAGAUUAUACCGUUGAUUGCCUCGACCCUGGCGGUCGUCGGCGCCGUCGAUCCGACACUCAAGAUCAAGACCUUUGUGGACGUUAUGCCGCUAAAGUGGGACUUUGACCCGGUCAAGGCCUCAUACUGGACCGGUCUGCUGCAUCACAGACGCACGCCAUUCGCUGUCUCGCGGGAUGGGAACACGGGAUACAUUGCUUAUUUGGACCCCAAUGGCACGGGUGUCCAUGUCCAGCAUAUUGAGCCGUCGACCAUGAAUAUUAAGGGACCGGAUGUAACGAUCGAGAAUGUGUACGAGGCUGGCGGUAUUGUGGCAUACAAUCAUGGCUUCGCGCUGCUGGGUAACGAGCCCAUCCCAUCCACAACAUCAAAUGCUCCACCAAGCGGUACGGACUAUCCUCAGGGUACGCCAGUGCCUGCUAUCUAUCAAAUCAUCAAUGACGUUUAG